UCCCACUAUGAACAUUAUAAAAACCUAAGUCGUACAUUUGACAAUUUUGAAUUAAGUAAAUUAAGUAAGAUGUUGAGGCCAAUUAAUUUAAGUAUUCUAUUAACACUAUGUGUAUGUGUAAGAAGUGUGUACUUCGACUGCAAAAGGAGUGACCAGGAAUGUAUAAAUCCCUAUUCCUGUUCAAAUACAGGGACAUGUGUCUGUGGAUCUCAAGCAUUUGGUACACAAUGUCAAUUUCCUAUCACAGAGUAUUCUGAAAGGGUAAAUAUGGCGGAAUGUGAAUUUACAUGUUUAAAUGGUGGCCGAUGUAUAACACAAACAUCGACUAACACAGACACAUGUUUAUGCACUGAUACAUUUUAUGGUGAUUUUUGUGAGAGCAGGAGAGCCGAAGCCGUGUGUACCGGGAACACAAUGGACAUCUAUAUUACUCCAUACCCAGUGUUCGGUGGCAUUGUUUACGUUAGAUAUAAUAAAACAGAUCCUGAAUGUCAAUUCGGGCUAACAGAGUCUGGAUCUCUAAAAACAUACAACUUAACUCUUACUACAAGUGCAAAUAGUACAGGCGAUUGUUCACUAGAAGCAAUGCUGAACACGCCAUCGGCGGGCGAUGUUACAUACAACGUCGAUAUCAUCAUACAGGGUUCACUAUUUGUGACAGCACCUGACAUAUUGGUAAAAGCAACAUGUGUUCAUUUGAACUCCGGCGUUUCAUCUCUAAACAGUGACUUAAGUACUAUAACCGUUGACGAAAGAGCUCCGCAAGCAAAUGACAUUGUAUCAACGACAUAUGAACCUGUAAAAAUGGAUAUUCAAAACGCUUUUGGAACAAAGAUUACUCCUCCAUUGUUUUUGGACAAACCAUUGAGACUGUUCUUCCCACUUUCUGAUACCCAAAAAUAUACCAAACUGAUACUGAUGAAAUGUUACGCAAUACGUGGACCGGAUAUUACCCCACAAAUUAACGUAACAAUAAUAGACAAUGGUUGUAUAACCAAAGAAGGAAGAUAUAUUGAAUCUCGUGAAGGUAUAAAGUAUACCAUAAGUCCUCCGACUGUAUCCUUCUACUUUAAAGCCUUCAAAUUCCAUCAGUCACCUGUCGUCUUAUUUGAAUGUAAUGUCAAAGUAUGUAGACCCGAAGAAAACUGUGAAGUACCAACUUGUGGUGCAAGAAAAAAGAGAAGCGUAAAAAAUGUAGGAGAUAGUAACAAUGAAGAAGUGAUACUACAUCAAUCUUUGACUGUACUUGAUGCGUCUGAUCCUGUUGAUCUACAGGCUUCUCCUACAGGCAAAGCCACAGUUGCUGUACCGGGUGCACCCAGACCUGCCGCUGAUGUUGCUGCUGCAGAGAACUGUUUUCAGUCGGUGGAAGUAAUGGUCAGCUUGGCUAUUCUUCUUCUUACUGUAGUAGCGUUGAUGUUGGCGACACUGUGUAUAACUGUAAAAUUCAUGAAAGUGAGAUCACAGGUUAAAGUCGUCGGUUAGAAAUCCAUGAAACAGCGGUUAAAAAAGUCAAUUCCACGUGCUUGUCUCUUUAUACAGUUGAAAUAAUUAUAAAUUUGACACAAGCCCUAAGUAAAAGCGAAUGUCGAGAAAUCUCUAAUUUUAAUUAAUAGAAAUACUAAAGAGCUUUCCUUUUGUUAAAAUGUUACAUAUGAAGAUAUGAAUUUAUGCUGCUUUUGUCGGGUUUGAUGCUUUUAUUAAAUUUCCUUAUGUGUGAUCUUUGUACGCUUUCAUUAUGACCUGUAGUCCUUGAAACCCUACAACUAUGACGCUUUAUACAUUUGCAAAACUGACGGCGGUGCCUGAUUUACCUACAUUUAGGCAUGGCAGUUUGGUGGCUAAGACCUCACAAUCUAGGGGACCUCCAUCACUGUUUAUGCCAGUAACUGAUAUUUCUGCAUUCAUAAAUUUCUUUUAAUUCUUCCCUCUUUUGCCCAGUAGGGGCAAAAAAGUAGGGUGUUAAACCCAUUUCAUUUCAUUUCUAAUUCCUCCAUAUUAAAACAUCGACUUUUUUAAAUGGCAACCACAAAAAUAUCCAUAAGCUUUGAAUAUUCUAAACCGUGUAGUGUAUUGUUCUGAAUAAAUCAUCAAGACUUGAAGUAUAAAAAUAAACAUACAAUCUAAGGGAGCUAAUCGUUACACAUUUCCAACAUUACAAGAUUGUAGUCACAUAUUAUAUUUAUUAAAUUUUAUGAUUUGUUGGGAGUCAUGAUUUUUGGC